AGACAGGCGAGAUUUACCAAGAAAAAAACCCCCAUAAAAUGAAAUUGUCUUGUCUGUCAGGAAACCCAAGCAAACCAUGCUUCGUCCUUUACUUCAAAGGAGUCACUUUGAUGCUGGACUGUGGGUUAGACAUUGCUCAGAUUCUGAAGUUUCUGCCAUUAUCUGUGGCUCCAAACAAAUCUGAUAAUACUUAUAAAAAAUGGAUUCACAGUGACAAAGAAAAAGACAAAAUAUUGGGAGAUGAACUUCGAGAAGUGGCAGGGUCUGUAUUUGUAGAUGGGUCACUGGAAUUCUGCUCCCCAGAGCUGGGUAUGACAACCCUUUCAGAAGUGGAUGCUAUUCUUUUGUCCAAUCAUAAUACAAUGUUGGCAUUACCAUAUAUAACAGAAUAUUCAGGAUUCAAAGGAACGAUUUAUUGUACAGAACCCACUCUACAAAUAGGAAGGCAGUAUAUGGAGGAACUGGUCACCUAUGUAGAAAGGAAUCCCCAAAAUAAGAAGUGUUCAAAGUGGAAAUCUGAGGGAAUUCUGUCCUCUCUCCCCGCCCCUCUCAGGGAGGCAAUACGACCCACAGCAUGGCGGGAGUGCUACACCAGACACGAUAUACAGACCUGUCUGUCCAAAGUACAGAUUGUGGGGUACAAUGAGAAAAGGAACAUAUUUGGAGCUUUGACUAUCACAGCCUGUAGUUCUGGGUACAGCAUUGGCAGUUGUAACUGGACAAUCAAGUCUCCGUACCAAAAGAUCUGUUACAUUUCUGGAACAUCAACUUUGACCACCCACCCCAAACCCAUGGACACAGACCCAUUAAGACAGAGUGACCUAAUUAUUCUUAGUUCUAUGACAAAAACCCCAGGUUAUAACCCUGAUCAGAUGAUUGGUGAAUUCUGUGUCAACACAGUGGUGACAAUAAAGAACGGGGGUAAUGUCCUUGUGCCUUGUUACCCAUCAGGAAUGACCUUUGACCUUUUUGAAUGUUUAAGCGGCCAUCUUGAUAGCUGUGGAUUAACCACAAUUCCUCUGUACUUCCUGUCUCCUGUGUCAGACAGUUCAUUAGCAUACUCCAAUAUCUACGCAGAAUGGCUAUCAACAUCCAAACAAAACAAAGUAUAUCUUCCAGAGCCCCCAUUUCCUCAUGCCGAGCUUGUAUCAAUAGGAAGACUGAGACAUUACACAAAUAUACAUGAUGGACUACAGAAUGAUUUUAAGUCUCCAUGCAUUGUAUUUGCUGGCCAUCCAUCACUGAGAAUGGGAGAUGUUGUACACUUUAUGGAGCUCUGGGGCAAAUCCUCCAGCAACACAAUACUCUUCACUGAGCCUGAUUUCCCUUACAUAGAAGCUUUAGCACCUUUCCAACCACUUCAGAUGAAGGUUUGUUACUGUCCAAUUGAUACAAGCCUGAAUUUUUCACAAGCGAACAAGUUGAUGAGAGAUCUAAAGCCGGGACAUCUUGUGGUGUCUGAGUCCUAUGUGCACCCGCCGGCUAACCUGACCCACAAAACAGACCUCGUCAUUGAUUAUGACCCACAACCACUUACUUGUAAAAGAGGAGAGAUUUUAACACUACCCAUAAAAAGACAGUUUGAAACUGUAGAAAUCACUCCUCAGCUGGCAAAGAAUAUCGGUCCAGUGGAAGUGAAACCAGGCUGUAUGGUAUCCAUGGUUACCGCUGCCCUAAAUAUCAAGGACAACAAAUACACACUGGAGAUGUUGCCAGAAGGACAUUUGUCUGGAAAGAAGCGACGAGCAGACGGCAGUUUGAUUCGACAGAAGUCAUAUAUCUGGGGCAGUCUGAAUGUUCAGACUUUUGUUGAUGCACUUACACGGCAAGGGAUAACUGACAUUAAAGUAGAAGACACUGAGGAUGGAUCCAUCAUUGAUUUAGUAAGCCUUAAUUCAGAAAUGGAGAAGCUUCAAGCACAAGUUUUAAUAGACUUCAUUGAAUCAGAGAGGGGAGUUUACUCUGAUCAACAAAACAAAAAUCAUGAGGAUGAAAGUUUGGAUAAGGACCCAGAUAAGAAGAGCUGUGUUGUUCAAGAACAGUUGGCUAAGAUUGCUAUACAGCUGCCUGACUCCCAGAAGGAGGAGAUCAGAACGGGUGUGACCCACCUGUUGAUCCUAGCUGAUGUCAGUGGUUCCAUGUCAGGGAGUCCAAUCACACAGGUGAAAGCUGCCCUGACAGAUAUACUGGGAAAUGCAUUACAACACCCCAGCAUCAUUACAGAUUUAUUUCUGUUUAACGACAAGGCCUCCACUGUGGACUUUGACAUAUCAAACUACCUACACAAGAUUGAGGCGAUUAAGGCAUUAGGGGGAACCUGCUUCUCCAGGGCAUUUAGUCACUUAGGAUCAGAGAUGAAGAAAAUUCAAGAAAAAACAGAGAGGGAGGUAGACAGGAGCGUGAUUGUGUUUCUGACAGAUGGAAUGGACUCCAGUCUCUACGGAAACAAUGAUGUGCGAGAGGAAUGGUUCAGUAGUCUAAUGGGCAGUCUGAAGGACCUGACCACUCCAUUUACCAUCCACACAGUGGGAUUUUCUAAACAACAUCACUAUAAUUUCCUGAAGAGGUUGACGGAGCAAGGAUCAGGGGAGGGGAUGUUCCGAUACUGUGAACCGAACGACGGACCGAUGGUCCUCAGGGACAAACUUCAGGAGCUGUUUGAUUUUGUUCUCAGCAAUGCCACUGCACCAAUGAGAAUUAAUGUCUCAAUCCCAGGAACCAAUCAGAUUUUGGAGAGUGGAACAACAAAAAACACAGCCACAUAUUUAGGGGAGAUAAUUAAGGAUGAAACCUCAGGGAAGAGAGAGCUUGGGGUGGAUCUAUGGAUUUUUGUGUAUGAUCCCAGUACAACUGACCUUACAAUAAAUGUAGAGAUGACAGUGGUAGAGAAUGAACAGGUGGAGAAAGUUUUGGUUCCAUGUGAAGUGACCAUGACAAAGAGACAGAUUAUAGAUGCUCAGGAGAAAGUCAUGUGGAGUGUGAAGAUACUACAGAGGAACUGUGAUGUUCUGUCGGCAGUGAUAGGCCAAGCGGUCAGUGAUGGCAAUGUGAAAGAGAACAUGACAGGUCGAGUGGACAAGUUACAGGAGAAGGUAUCGCGAGUUCCUCUCUUCAAGCGUGAGUUUGACAAAGAAGUGAGGGAGGUCAUGAAAGCUCACCUUGACGAUAUAAAAACCAAGAUUGAUCAUAUGAGAACCGUACUGGCUGAGUAUGCUCGCGGUAACACUCAAUCUGUGCAAAUGUUGGCUCGAGCUCACGACAUGAGAUAUCAGGCAAAGUUUUCAAAAUCUAGAAGACAGAGGAUUCUCGACAAGCGAGUGGCAAAGAACAUGCCCAAUCUACAGACUGCUCAAGCUCAGCUUGACGAGCUGGUACUGAACCGUCAGGAGAUAGAACAAAUGUCUAGUGCAGCCAAAGAGUUCUUUUUGUGCUCCCUGUCUCUGAACAAUAUCCGGGAUGUGUUACUGGACUCAGACAAGGACGACGCCAUUGGAUUUGGUCUGGCUGUUCGCAGACAAGAGCAUGUGCUUGAUGCCCCAACACUUGUGGAACUUCACUCUAUUAGUGGAACAUUAGUGAGUAGGAGUGCCAUGUUGGAUGCCCUCGAGUACAAGAUUAACUGUUCAGGUCAACUUAAAGCUCACGGAGGGUUUGAUUUCACCCAGCCACUAGGUGUAACCACUGUCGGCCAGUCUAGGGAACCAAUCAACGCUUGGCUCCCUUUGUACUGCACCAGACAGCAUUGGGAGAGAGUUAAGGUAUUGCUGAAGCCGUCACUGGGAUAUUUCUGUACCCUUGACCCCCUGGGUUACGACUUUCAGCAGAUGGAUGUCAUGUUCAUGGUUUUGGGGUCAAUGGUGGGAGGACUGACCGACACGAAGUCCAGUGAUCAGCAGCUGAAGAUGAUCUUCUGCUUCCUACAAACUUGUCAAGCCUGUGUUCAAGACUUUUUACUGGAAGCCAGACUUACCGAGGCUGUCAGUAAAUUCCUCAGCUCACCUGAAGACAGGAUGAAGCAUAAACUGCCAAAUCUCAACACCAUGAUCGGAUAUGUCCUCUCACUGCCAGCGGACACUAUCAAAACUCUCAUAGAUGGAGAAGAGGGUCUGAGAAAAUUCUGGCUUGCCAUGGUAACAGAAUGUACGCGGAGAGGGGCGUCAAGAAUUCUCAGAGAAAUCAACUCUAAUAUCACUCAUGGAUUGAUUGAUCUGAUUUUACAUGGAAAUAAAGACAAGGAAGUGGUGAGUGAAGAAUCUGCAUACACAGACCUUAUAAAACGCCUCUACUCUGAAAUUGGUAAUAAAAAAGAUAUUCCCCUGACCAAAGUGUUUGAUCCGCGAGAGGGACUCACGAUUGACGACAGCAUGACGAAGAAAUAUGACGAGAAAAUGGAUCAGGCGAUGGAAGUUUGGGCUCAGGCGGAGCUAGAUAUUAUCAGAAACAAAAAUCAAACCAAAAAAGUGAAUGCUGCCAGAAAAGCUGUAGAACAGUGGCAACAGGAAGGGAGGGCCGCCGUGGUGGUGGAUCCAGUGACUCAGUCAGGAUGUGGGGUGGAUGAUCCCUGUCAACUGACAAAUUCAAAGCUACAACAUCUGACUAAGAUGAUCCAGAUUUUCUCCAAUCAAGCUAGGCCUUCUUUAUCCAGUUUUCUGGGCUGCAUGGCUUUUAUUGAGUUUUGGCUGAUCCAGACCAGAGAUUUAGCAGAAAUGGACAGAAAUGAUGGACUGCCACCAGAGGGCUGGAUUGAGAUGGCCAAGGAGGCAGUGAAAAAAGUCUAUACCUGUGCUAAUGAGCAACUGAAGUGUUGUAUGACCCCAUGUGAGGAGAAGGAUUUACUGGUUGUCAAGGAAACUGAGAGUUUGGAGAGGGCACCAGUUUCAGGAGGACCAGAUUCUACACAGACAGCACCAGGGUCUGAUAGUGAUAGUCUGUGCACAACAAAACAGCAAGCGGGUGAUGAUGUCGAUGAUUCCUUUGACGAUAGUGACGAUGGAACAGAGAGUGAUGAGGACAUCGAUGUUGAUUUUGAUGUUCCACCAAAACCAAGAAAAGUGGAGAAGGUGGUGCAGAGGCAUAUUUCAUUGCCUGUUAUAUUGACCUUGAUUGACCCUGACCUAGAUGUGGUUCAGUUGUCAAGGUUACUGAUAUGUCAAAUCAUCGCCUACCAUAGCAACAGUAAGGCCAGAGCUGCGGUGGCCAACAAACAGUAUAUCGACUUUGCCACAAAAGUUGAUUACCUAGAAGAGCUCAGAAAACUGGAUGUUGACUUAAUAAAAAUGAGAGAAGAUGCGAUCAAGGAUGUAAUGGAAUCAGUUCAGAACUUACGGGCUAACUACUGCAUGCUGCAUACCCCCUCGAUGUGGGCUUUUAUAGGUUAUCUGAUGUGUACAUACAAGGAGAGAAACCAAGGCUUCAGUGAUUUAAUGUCGGUCAUUGUGGAUGAGAAUUCACCGGAUCAGUUCCCGCUUCUGGCAGACAAAGUCAGAGUUAUGUUUCUUGGGAAGUACAAGGACUACGCUGUACUGGCCCGAGGCAAUGUCUGGAUCCCCGAGGCCAAGGUGGCCAAACAGUUUGUCAAGGUUCUGGGAGAAGAGGUUUGGAAUGAAAUAGAUGUGGAAGUGCGCUCCCAUGUUCAACUGCAUGUGUACCGUGAAUCAGAUAUUCCUAACAGGCAUGGCCAUUGUAACUCUAAUCCCUAUAUUCCCAAUGCACUGAGAAAAAAGCUAGGGAUGCCAUUACUUAAAAAUUAACAGGCUUUAGUGUUCUUUGUAAUGGAGCCUAAGGCUCAAGUGAUGUAGCUGGAGAUGCCACCAUUCAAAAAAAAUGCAGGCUACAGUGUCCCUUGUCAAUUCAUGUGAGCCUAAGGCUCAAGUAAGGUGGCAGAGGCUGGGGAUGCAACUACUAAAAUAAAUACAGGCUACAGUGUCCCUUGUCAGCUCAUGUGAGCCUAAGGCACAAGUGAGCUAGUAGUAGCUAGGGUGCAACUACUCAAAGAUCGACAAGCUAAAGUGUCCCUAGACAACUCAUAUGAAGAACUUUGCAAAUCUUCUCAAAUAGAUAAAGUCAUGUUUAGACAUGUAAUAUGGAAGCACCCUCAGGUACAUGUAGUUGAGAUUUAGGUUUUUUGAUUCUUAAAAAUCUUCAUCUUAAAAGAAUACUUUAUUAUAUUACAUAAUUUCUUAAAUUCAUAUGGUAGCAUUCUUAGAUAGUGUAUAUGCACAUUUGUUUUAAUCAUGGCCCCUGGUUGUAAGAUGGGGCUAUAAAAAUGGGAGAAAUAUUUGCUAAUGAAAAAUGGCAGUUCCAAAGUGACUAAGGUGAGCAUUGUGGCUCUUGUUUCAACUUAAUGUGAAAGCUUUCUGGUGAACUGAAGUGUAAGUUUAUCAAGAAGGUUCAAAUAUUAAAUGAAAAGUUUGAAAUAAUACAUUUGUUUGAU